UCAGUCCGGCUCCAGGGUAGUGAUGGGUGCCCUGUUGAGGUCAUGUGGGGGUCGUGGUGCACUGUGGGUCGUGGUGAUGGUGGUGGUCGUGGCCUCUGGGAGUCCUGUCGGAGCCGAGACUCCAGAAGGCACGACAGAAACCUCUUGUGGGACCCGUCCUUGCACUGCGGGGGGGCCUUCGGCUCAGGCCUGGACGCAGCCGACGCCGCGUGUGACAGUGGGCCUCCGGGUCGUGCCGAAGGAUGAGACGCCAAAGGACACGGCGGAGGCACCUAGGCACCGCGACGUGGCAGUGCUGAGUGUGGGCCACGAGGGACCCGGAGGAAACAAGAGCUUCAGCUGGGGCGCAGGACACGUCCAGGAAAAAGCGCCCAAGAUGCCCCUACCCAUCGUCACCGUCGCCAGUAGGCUUCUGGACGUCGGGCGAAGGGACGAGGACCCGGAGACAAGGACCAUCAGCUCCCUGGCGCGGGAUCCUCCGCCCAAGCCCCUGGAAUUCGACCCCGUGCCGGAGGGCGAUCCCUACAAGACAGACAGCACUCUGGCCCAGCCCACGGUGCUGGCAUGGGCGGGCGCCUUCGUCUCCGCCCUGCAGCCAGAGCACUUCCCCAUGGAACUGGUGCGAGCAGCUCUGGAACGGAAAAUUACUGCAGAACAGCUUGUCAUGCAGUCUCUGCAAGCUGAGCCCGGUUUCAUCGCGUUCAUGGGCGUGGGCCUGUCGUUGGCGGCGGGCGUACCUCUGAUAGGCAUGGUAGUGUGCUGCUGCAGGAUGUGCGGCCGCUGCGGGGGCAAGAAAACGCAACACCACCACGACGACUGCUUCAACUGCCAGAGGAGGUCGCUCAUCACGUCCCUCGCCACCUGCGGCCUCUUCGUCUCGCUGGGCGUGGUGGUGGCCGUCGUCAGCAACGAACGCCUGAGCAGCGCCGUGUCGGAAGCGAGAACGAGUGUGCAGAAUAACAUCCAAGAUCUCGACACCUUCUUGAGGAACACCAAGAUGCAGCUCCGGUUCCUCGUCAGCAACUCCUUAGAACAAACAGUCGACGCGAUCUACAGUGACCUUGACGACGUAGAGUAUCUGCUGGGGAGGCCUCUUCAGAGGGAGUUGGCGGCCGAGGCGCAGAUCGAGGUGGCCCUGGACUCCCUCCUGCACAUAAGCAGCAGUUUACGCAGCAUCGCCGGUCGCAUGCGGUCGCUAGAAGAAGCGAGGUCGCAGGCGGCGGCUCGGGCAGAGGAGCUAAGAGGCCGCCUUGUUGAGCUAGCGGGAGAUAUACAGAGGUUUGUUGCUCGUUGCACGCCCGAAGAUGCGGAUUUGUGCAACUCCCUAGACUAUCGAGGACUUGAUCUGGACGCUCGUUUCGAUAGUUUCUCCUUCUCGGAGCAGCUGCGUCUCCUCUCGGCCGUGGAGAGCCACAACCUGACCGAGACGGCGAGACACGCGAGGUACGAGUUCGAGAACAUUCCGAAUUAUGUAGAGUCGAUGACGCGCCGCACGCGGGACGACGUGAAGCGCGCAGUCCGGACCUUCCGCGCCCACGUGUACUCUCGUGUACGGGGUCUCGACGACGUGGCCUUCGACCUGGAAGUGCGCACGCGAGACAUCACCUGGCGGGUCGACGAGGCAGCCGCCAUGUUGCAGAAACACGAGACCUACAGGUGGUAUACAGGCCUUGCCAUCUCCGUCAGCCUGGCAUUCGUGUGGACUCUGCUGAUGGUGGGGCUGUGCUGCGGGUGCUGCUCUCACACCUCCGACCAGGCGCCCACGGAGAGGUCCUGCGUGUCCAACUCGGCCGGCCAGACCCUGCUCACAUCGGUGUUCUUCAUGUUCCUGCUGUCGAGCGUGCUGUGGGCGGUGGUGGUGGCGCUGUUCGUGGUGGGAGCGCACGCCCACGCCUUCAUCUGCCACCCGCUGUACGAGGAGCCGGCGUUCCCCACCCUGGCCCGCCUCGUCGACCGCUCGGGGAUGGUGUUCGACGACGGCCCGAUGCUCAGCAACAUCCUGCACCCCGGCCGCGACGUCUACCUCGGCGUCGGCGAGGUCCUCAGCCAGUGCAAGGAGGGAGGGGCUGCCUACCAGGUAUUCAAACUCCGCCACUACUUCGACAUCGAGAAUGAGAUCGACCACAGCAAAACCUUCGAUCUGCGUGACACCCUCAGUCUGCUCAAGGUCAACCUCUCAAACGUCGAGCUCCUGUCGACCGAAGCGGAGGCCAACCUUGACAAGUUCCUGCGCUCCGUUAAGAUCGACCUUGCGCCUUAUAGAAAGGAGAUUGAUGCAUUUACCAUGACAAAACGCAAUGUCCACCUACUGCUAAAGACAUGUCCAAACGUCCAUUGUUUAAAAGCUACGACAGUUAGAAUCCAGUGA